UUCUCCUCCAUUUUCUUCUUUUUUUUUCUUUAUUCAAUUUUCUUGUCUCCCUCGCUUCAGUCUCUACGAAGCUUUUGCUCUCUGCUCUUAAAAAAAACCCCUAAAAUUCCAGAAUCUGGGAGUGAGAAGAAGUGUUCAAAGACAAAAUGUUCUACUCGCAAUGUCUCGUGUCGAGAAAAGGACCCUUGGGAGCGAUUUGGGUCGCUGCGUAUUUCUUCAAGAAGCUUAAGAAAUCUCAAGUCAAAGAUACUCAUAUCCCUUCCUCCGUUGAUCAGAUCUUGCAGAACGAGUUGGACGCUUUGACGUACAGAGUUCUGGCGUAUCUUCUUCUGGGUGUUGUUAGAAUAUAUUCCAAGAAGGUCGACUUUUUGUUCGAUGAUUGUAACAAAGCGUUGAUCGGUGUAAAGGAUUUUGUGGCUAAGGAGAGGAACAGAGAGAACACGAAUGUGCCACUGCCUGCAUCUACGGGGUUUUUGUCCAUUGACUUGCCUGAGAAUUUCGAACUAGACGCCUUUGAUCUUGGGGUUUUGGAAGAUUUUCACGGGGGAAAUGUUAAGCCGCAGGAGGAUAUAACACUUAAAGAUGGAAAUCCGGAAACAGAGAGUAUGAAUCAGUACUACAUGGAAAGGUUCGACAUGGAGGAGGACCUUGUGUUUACGUUUCAAGAAACUUUCUUUGCCGCUCAUAACGAAACCAGACAUGAGAGUUUCGCCCAUGAUAUGGACAUAGAUCCACAAAAUAUCAGAGAUGCUAACGAGUCAUCAGGAGAUCAUCAAAAUGCAUCUAGGCAUAGAGAGGAUCCAGAAUCAGAUGACAUGCUUGUGGAACCGAAUGUGUCUGAAGAUAUCAGAAGAGCUCAAGAAGAAGAAGCAGUUAGAGAAACCAUAUGUGGCAUUCUGCAGAGACUAGUGGAUCCCCAUGAAUCCUCAGGAGAUAAUCUACACAGAGACGGGCACAUAGAUCAUUCAGUAUCAGAGAAAACCUCAGCGGAAACAAGUUCAGAAAAGAUUCGGCAUGACGGGUCCGUCCCAUCUGAAUGCAAAAGUCCUGAAGCGGUUCACGGGAUUGAGGAACAACCUUCUGGUGCCACAAGAAUUGAUGGGGAGGAGGAGAUCCCGAAGAUGAGUACUCUAGAAAAGCCAGAACCAGGAUCCAUGAGUGAAACUAGAGACAUGCGUGAAGGAGUAGAGAAACAUCGAGGCCAUCAUAGUGAUGGGGAAAUGACAGACUUUGAGAUGUUUCAUGGGUCUCAUAAGGAGCCAACUGAGACUCCUGAAGUGAAUCAAGUUGGGCUUAGCAGUGGUACCGAGAAAGGUUUUCUCUCUGAAGGAGUAGAGAAACUUCGAGGCCAUAGUGAUGGGGAGAUGGCAGAUUUUGAGAUGUUUCAUGGGUCUCAUAAGGAGCCAUCUGAGACUCCUGAAGUGCAUCAAGUUGGACUUGGCGAUGGUACCGGGAAAGGUUUUCUCUCCGAAGGAGUAGAGAAACUUCGAGGUCUUAGUGACGGGGAGACGACAGACUUUGAGAUGUUUCAUGGGUCUCAUAAGGAGCCAUCUGAGACUCCUGAAGUGCAUCAAGUUGGACUUAGCAAUGGUACCGAGAAAGGUUUUCUCUCUGAUAUGACAUUUUCAGAAGAGGAGGGUAAAGGGUCUAAUGCCAACGAUACGCCAGUUCCUGUUACUCCCAAAGCACCUUCACGGCUGAAAAUUUCUGAAGGGGAAACAAGCCAUCAGUUCUCGAUCAUCCCUACUCCUGCUGCAAAGGAGCCUGCUCGAGUUUCACGGAAGAGAAAAUGUAUAAUAGAUGAUGAAGUGAUAAUUCCGAACAAAGUUAUGAAGAAAAUGAUAGAGGACCCGAGUAAACUGGUUUCGAAACGGAAGAAGCUUCCUCGUAUUGACUAUUCUGAGAGAAGCAUCAAACGUCUUGCCGAUCCCUCAAGAAAUGUUUCUUCGGACCUCCGGUUACUUUUUUGUCAACGCGUCAAACUUAAAGAACAUGACACUACAGAAACUCCUAAAGCUGCUAAAACCGCAGGGAGAAUGAAAAAUUCUUCUCUUCGAAAAGUGGGAAGUCAUGGGAAUGUUUUUUCCUCAGAGCAGACUGAGAAUGCUCGAGAAAUUAUGGAGACUCCUCAGGCUGCAGCUCUUACUGAGCUGAGAGUUACUGUACCAGAGACGGUAGGAAAUAAUACAGAGGUUGCAGCUGAGACGGGAACUAGUUCCAUAGCUACUGGAAGAGCUCACCAAACGGAGGUUGCUCCAGAGACGCCAGUGAAGCCUGCAGAGCCAGUAGAGAUUGCUCCAGAAACACCAGCGAGGACAUCAGAGCAAACAGAGAUUGCUCCAGAAACACCAGUAGUCUCUGAGCGAGUAGAGAUGGCUCCUGAAACGCCAGUGAGGGAAUCAAUUUCGUCAAGAUAUUUCAAGGACCCUGAAACUUGUGAACGAGGCCUGCAAGUUCCCUCAACCUCCUUUGACGAGCACCCGUACGAGGAUAGAAAGGACCUUGAUGCCAUUUUGAUGAACGAGGAGGUGAAUACACAUGCAACAGAGGACUUGCAACAAGAGACAUGGUCAGUAAGAACAAGGAACGUGGCGAAGUUCUUGGAAAAGACGUUUCUGGAGCAGAUGGAAAAAAAAGAAGAAAAGCUGAGUUUGUUGCAGCUGUGCAGAGGAAGAACUCAGAAGGAAAGCGCAAGACUCUUCUACGAGACUUUGGUGUUGAAGACGAAAGGCUACUUGGAAGUGAAGCAAGAUCAUCCGUAUAGUGAUAUUCUUCUCACGCGAUUCACCAGACAACAAGAAGCUUGUUGAAAAGCUCUAGCUAGAUUUCUUCUCUCCAGUUUUAGGUUUUUCCAACAAGUAUCUGUGAAUGAAUGUUUCAUAGUUGUUUCUUAGAAUCCAAGGAAUCUAGCCUUUUUUUGUGUGUGUUUGAACCAUGGAAUCUAGCUCUUUUGCUUCGUUCUUUGAAGUUAGCAUUGAUUUAAAAUUAAUUUGAUAGAAUAUUUAUUUGUUGUAAACUUUUUUUUGUUUGAUAAUAUAAUCCGGCACAAGCAUGGCAUGAUAGCAA